AUGGCGUGCGGGUCAGGAGAUCUUCAGGGCCUCUCACUGCCGUUGUCUCCCGGCAGACUCGGGAAUCCCCUCUUUGUGGGAGAACCCUGGUUCUGGGGCUGUGGUCAGACCAACGUGUCCUGCAGGGUGGUGAAUGGGAAGGUGGUGGACGUGGGCAAGUGGCCCUGGCAGGUGAGCAUCCUGUUCCUGGGCGUGUAUGUCUGCAGCGGCUCCCUCAUCCACCAGCAGUGGAUCCUCACGGCUGGGCACUGCUUACAGAGGUCCUUGGAGCCUAGCCAGUACUCCGUGAUGGUGGGGGUCCAGCACCUCCCGGAAAACGGCACUCGUCUUCCGCUUUCUCAAAUUGUGAUUCACGAGAAUUUCAGGAACUUCAUGUCCAAUGACAUUGCCCUCCUGAAGCUCAAGGACCCCAUUGUCUGGUCGCCCAUGAUCCAGCCUAGUUGUGCCGCACUGUUGAAGGGAUGCCAAGGCAAGACUUCUCUCUCUGUAGUGAACCAGACGGCCCCCUACACCCUUCAGGAGGUGGCCGUCAGGAUCAUCAGCAACCGGAUCUGCAACGAUCGGUACCAUUUCCUCUUCCUGAAGGACCAAAGGAUGUUCGUGGGGAAGGACAUGCUGUGUGCCAGCUCAGAGCUGGGUGUGGACUCGUGUCAGAGCAACUCCGGCAGCUCCAUGGUCUGCCAGUUGAACAAGACCUGGAUUCAGGUGGGGGUGGAGAGCUGGAGCUUCAGCUGCAAGCGGCACCUGUUCCCCGACGUGUACACCAGCACCGCCCACUUCACCCAGUGGAUCCAGGGGCAGAUCUCCAACGUGAGGCUCAUCAGCAGCGCCUGCUCUGCCCUGCCGGGCCGGGUCUUCCGCACCGGCUACCUCCUGCUGGUCUUCUUGGGCUCCCUGUGGCUCCUGUGAGCGCUGUGUCCAGGCGGCCGCUCUGGAGGCCGCUUCUCCCUCCCCUCCCCCCGCAGAAGAAGCGGAGGCUGGCAGUGGUGUGCGGGGACGAAGGGGCAGAGUGCCCUUGGGGGAGGGUCCCCGAGCCACUGGUUUUUCAGUUGUUCAAUGAAGAUGCUUUUGUACUUUUUGCCACUGAAGUCAUCAUCUUUCUCCUUGACUCUGUCUGGGACCCUACAGAGAUGGCCCCACUCGCAGGCCCCCAGGACCCGCCCCUGGGUCUCUGACCAACAGCUGCCCUCAGGAAUUCCUGCGAGGGCUGGCCUCUCCCCAAGACACGAAGACCACACCUGCACUUGCGGCCUCUCCCGACCCCUCAUGUCCCCCGAAGGGUCUACAGACCCUAACCAGUUUCUCUUCCUUCCCUGGCAGGGAGGGGCGUUGGUGCGGGUGGGGAAGGCAAGGCAGAGCGCACACUUGAGUGAGCCGAGUGAGGUGACUGCCCCCUGAGCCCCUGGGCCGCCUCGGGGACCUCCAUGGGAUGCUGGAGAGCGGGGACAGGCUGGCCCAAGGCUGCCAGGCUGAGGUGCCAGAGUCCUGCCCCUGUGUAUGUGGAGGGGGCACGGGGUCCCUCAGACCAGGUGGGCCUCGGGUUCCGAGCGGGCAGCUGCCCUUGCCCUGUGAGCCCCAGAGAGGUAGUGAGUGAGGUUUGCUGUCUUCUCAGAGACGUGAGCGCUGAAUGGCUGGCCCGGGCAUCUCCCAGACAGCAGGCCCUGGCAAAAGUUAGGCUGCCCCGGUGUGAUUGAACUUUGACCUUAUUUUUUAUCAGGCUAGAAUUUUCCAACGGCUUUGAAACAAAGCUCCUCAUAGGCUCUCUCCCACACUGCGUUUUAACUGUGUUACCCAUCUAUGUCCCUGAGCCAUCAAAGUGGUCCCCGAAUUCCAACACACACAGUGGCCUUCCGCUCCCAGGAGGGCUCGAUGGUCACCGCCACUCUUCCUCUGGGGAUGGAGGUCUCACCCGCGCCACCGUCCCCACGUGGGUGGGUUUGUCAGGGAAGGGUCUUUGCUGAAUGGAGGUUGGAUUGGGGAGGGUGGCGCGCUGCUUAAAAGUAUGUCAUCUUUAAAAAAAGAUGUAUUUACUUAUCUAUGGAUUUACUUUUAGAGAGAGGGGAAGGGAGGGAGAAAGAGAGGGAGAGAAACAUCGAUGUGUGAGAGAAACAUCCGUCUGUUGUCUCUUGCAUGUGCCGGCACCAAACUGCAGCCCAGACAUGGGCCCUGACUGG